AUAGAUGACGGCUCUUUAGGGAAUUUCUUAAAUCACGAUCUAAAGAUGUCAUCUUUUUCGCGCUGUUCACAGUUCACGCUCCGUCCAGAUAUUUUCUACGUCCAUGCAUGGCGUGUGUCAUGUCCUGUCAGAGCUGCGAAUAGUAUAUGUUAUAUUAAGAAUUCUUUCGUUAUUUAUCUAAUUAUACGCAUAUAUGCUCAUUGUAUAAUAAAGUAUAUACAUAUAUUGUUUAAAUAAAAAGAAUUUCGUAACAUUCACGGGAGCAUCGCAAAAUGUUGACUCCACGCUUCAAAAUCACUCAAACUGAUGCAGAAGUCACGAUAACAAUGCACGCUCCGUAUGCCAAUAUAAAAGAUACAGAAGUAUACGUCGAUGGAACAGAUUUCAGAUUUUUUUCCACUCCCUAUUACUUGAGAUUACAAUUACCAGGUGAAAUAGAGGAAAAUAAUUCGUCUUCUGGUUCUUACGAUUGCGAAAAGGGUGAUUUUACUUUACAUUUCUCAAAAGUGAAUAAGGGAGAACACUUUGAAAACUUGGAUAUGAUAACUGUUCUUUUGGCACCACCAAAAAAGAAAAGUACUGUCAUUCCUAAUAUUGAAGUAAUUGGUAAUCCAUCUACAAAUUCAGCGAAUAUUGACGACAGUUUAAAUGACAAUGAUACCACAAAUAAUGAUGAUCCUGAUGAUAACUGGUUCAUACCUCAGAAUAAUCCAUCAGAAAAUGUAACUGUUCUUAUAGGCUCUCCAAAGUAUGGUUUUGCGAAUAAAAUAUCAGGAGCUUUAACUGCUUUUGAGGCAGCAUGGAUUAAGGAAAUAAUAGAUCUUCCCACCCCUGAUACAACUCCUGAAGCAGAAAGAAAAAGUUUGCAAGAAAAAUGUGAAUUGGAAGAUUUCAAUGAAGAACAUUAUAUGGCAGAUCUUAUGGAGCCAGAAUGUACCGAAUCAUAUAUAGCGUAUACAGCAGAAUGGGAUAUGCUGCAGAAAGACAAAGUUACAUUUAGCGAAGCUGAGAUUGAUCUAUUAAAAGAUCUUCCAAAUAAGGAAUAUUUAUUAGAUGCUGAAGAUAUAAAAAAGUUAUGUUUAAAUCUUAUUGAUAUUUUAUAUGCCAGUUGUUACAACCAUCGAACUACAUUAGGAGAAAAUACUGUAGAAAGCAGUUGGACCAUUAAUAAGCUAAGCUCUACAUUAUGUUGGUUCCAAAAUUUUACUUCUGUGGAUGAAGUUAUUACUGCAUGCUUCCGAAGAUCACUUUGUUAUCCACUUUACAGAAAUUGGGAGCUUUCUAUGAAAGUUUUCGAAGAUGUUAAAAAAGCUCUCACAUUAGGAAAGAAAUAUAUUAUCAAAGUCUUCUGUGAAAUACAUAGUCUUUUUAACAACUCGUAUGAACCAAGAUACAUAUUAAACCAAUUAUACAUAAAGGACUUUUUAAUUUGGCUGCAAGCAUCUCCUGAAUCAUUAAUAGAACCACUUCACUCUAUGUUAAAUAAUAUUCAUCCAAGCAAAGCAAGCAUGGGAUUGGAUUUAGUAGAACUGGAAGUGGCAGCUUAUUCUGUUCAAGAAGAGGGACUUGUUAUAGAAAAUGCUGUUCAUGAGAUGGUUGGACAAAUCGAUGAAUUGUGUUUAAAUGAUUCUGAGAAAGAAAAGCCAAAGAAUAUAUAUCAUGUUAACAAACAAUUUUUUAAGCAUUUGUAAGUAUUUUUAUAUAUAUUUGGUUUGAUUGUUAACAGCUGUCUUUAAUAUAUGUGUGUGUUUAACAUUGCUAACAUUUAUUCUUUGUGUAUUAUUUCUAAUAUUUAUCUAAUAUUCACAUUUAACUUAUAUUAUCUUCAUGAUGUGUAGAUGAUAUCUAAUUUUUUUGAUUACAUGUUACAUAAUAACUAAUACUCGA